ACAGCGCCGCCCUUUACGCAUGGCAGGGAGGGUGAGACUGGAUGACCUCGGGGGUCCCCACCCCCUCGACGAUCCUGUGAUUUCCUGAGGAAUCCCGUCCCUCGAGCCGCCUGAAGGGGGUUCAUAGAAUCGAGGAGUCCUGGGAAGGGGACCCCCGACGGUCAUCUAGUCCCACCCCUGUUCCAUGUGGGAUCUAGGCUGGGGAGGGGGCUCGCCGCCCUCCCCGUCGAGGGCGGAGGCUGCCGCGAGGUAAGGGGGCAGGUACAGACCCCGCCCCCGCAAAGGGGCGUGUCCUCCUGGGCGGGGAGGCGUGGCCCCGACGAGGCGCUCCACUCCCUGCCUGCCUGCCUGCGCCCGGGCGCACAGCCUGGAAGGAGCGUCCGCUGCCGCCGCCGCCUCCCCGCCCGUCGUCCGUCCGCCCGCGCGCUUUCCUGCGAGGGGACCCCGCGAUGCCUCCGCAGGGCGAGUCUCUCCCGCCGGUGCCCCCGCGCCGCCCCCGCGAGCAGCGGCGCCUGCGGGGCCUCGAGUGCGUCCUGCUGGGCGACGGCGCCGUCGGGAAAACCAGCCUGGCGCUCAGCUACAGCACCAACGGCUUCCCCGCGCGAUACGUCCCCACCGCCCUCGACCGCUUCUCCGCUGUGGUGCAGGUUGACGGAGACCCCAUCCGGCUGCAGCUGUGCGACACCGCAGGGCAGGACGAGUUUGACAGCCUGCGGCGCCUCUGCUACCCGAAGGCGGACGUGGUCCUGCUCUGCUUCAGCGUCGUGUCUCCCACCUCGUUCCAGAACAUCUCCGAUAAGUGGCUCCCCGAAUUGCGCCGCCACUGCCCCGCCACGCCCGUCCUGCUGGUAGGCACCCAGUCGGACCUGCGCCAGGACGUCAAGGUCCUCAUCGCCCUGUCCCGACACCGGGAGAAGCCCGUGUCCCCCUCGGCCGCCCGCACCCUCUCCGCCAAAGCCGGCUUGCUGGGCUAUGUGGAGUGCUCGGCUCUCACCCAGCACAACCUGAAGGAGGUCUUUGACACGGCCAUUACCGCAGGGCUGCGCUGUGCCCGCGGCCCCCCGCCCAAGCUGCAGCGACGUAGCACCGCCAGCCGCAUCCGGACCCUCUCCAAGGCCUGGUGGAGGAAGCAUGUCUGCCUGUCAUAGCGCUGGGCGAUUCCCGCAUGGCCUGACCCCUUCCAAUGGGUUUGCCUGCAGACUGGACCAACUGAGGGGUGUAGGCUUUCGAGAGGGGCCAGGCCGGGCCGGCCUUCCUCGCAGGGACGUCGGGCGGAAUCUCGGCAGGGCCAAACAGAUCUCGAAACGGAUCCCAAAGACGUUUCCUCGUCUCCGAGAGGGACGUGGCCGGGCUUUCGUUUAGGGACGCUCUGCCAGCAAGGCUUGAGAGAGCGGAUGCUUCUCAACGGCUGCGUUUGGGUCCCGGUUGCUGGUCUCCCUUUGGGGCAUGUGAGAACAGGAGGCUGGACCAUUGACUUGAUCUUCUCAUGCUCUUGUGGAACCUCCAGCCCCAGAGGCAGUCUAUCUGGAUUCUUAAGUUCUGUGGGGGUAUUUGGCUACCGUGAGAACUGGACUUUAUGGGCCACUGGCCUGAUGCAGCAGCCAAGCUUCUAAACGUUUUCAUGGGACCUCCAGCUCCAGAGGCAGUCUAUCUGAAGAAUUCUUAGGUUUUAUGGGGUAUUUGGCCCCUGUGUGGCUGGACUAGAUGGGUCCCCUUUGGGCCUGAUCCAGCAGCUGGGCUCUUCUAAUGUUCUUGCGCUUCCCCCCCACCUUGGGAUUUGGGACCUUCAGCUCCCAGCCCCACUGAGAAGGGCCAAAUAUUUGUAGACCCUGAUAUCUCUGGGGAGAUGGGAGCAGGUUGGGGGCAGAUGCUUUGAGGAGGCUGUGGCUGGAAGCUCGGCCUCCCCAUCCCCAAAAACAAAACUUCUGCAUGUGGUUUAGCUGAGAGCGCGAUGGAGCAGCCCCUUGCCCAGAGUGGGGGUUUACUUGCAGAAGUGUGAGAUGGGGUGACAUUUUUUAAACCACUGAAAAUUUUGUAGAGUUGGAAGAGAACGUCCCCCCCCCCCAAGGGCCACCUAGUCCCAAGCCCCUGCAGUGCAGCAAGCACAGCAAACUUUGGUUCUUGGUUUCGGAAGGAGAAUAUUUCGGGUGGGGGGAAAGUUUCUGAAAACGAAAAGUUGUAGAGUGGUUUUUUUUACGCCAUUUGUGCCUUUCCCCUGAGACGAAACCCAGGCCUUGAAACUGCAGUGUGUGUGUGUGUGUGUACAGUGGACGCUCGGGUUGCGAAUGUGAUCUGUGCGGGAUGCACAUUCGCAACCUGCAGCGUUCG